GUUUCAUCUUAGGAUAACUGCAGCAGAUAACGGACAAACACUUUAGCGAGAGUUCGAUAUCGAAAGGUUGUAGUUGUUGUUUGACCAGAAGCUUUUUUUUUAAGCAGAGUAAAGUAAUGAGGUAGAUAGUUAAACAGCUAAUAACACCAACUUUAUUUGGAACAGACUGGCAUUGCCACAUUGAAAAUGGACCAGGAGUUCGAGGACAUAGAUUCAGAGGGCCGGUGGCAAAAACUGUAUCUAGAAAUCAGGAAUCAGUCCCACGAGUGCUCCUACAAAGUGGCUAAGUAUCCAGAGAAUCGGAACCGAAACAGAUACAGAGAUGUCAGUCCAUUUGAUCACAGUCGGGUGAGGCUAGAGAACACAGAAAAUGACUACAUCAACGCAAGUCUAGUGGUCAUGGAGGAAGCUCAGAGAAGUUACAUACUGAGUCAGGGCCCCCUCAGAAACACAUGUGGCCACUUUUGGCUCAUGAUCUGGGAGCAGAAGACCAAAGCAGUCAUCAUGCUCAACAGGGUCAUAGAGAAAGGCUCAGAAAAGUGUGCUCAGUACUGGCCCACAGCCGAGGAGAGGGAGAUGGCCUUCAGAGACACCCGUUUCUUGGUCACACUGUUGUCAGAAGACACCAAGUCUUACUACACCACCAGAGUGUUGGAGCUGCAGAAUAUUAAUACAGGGGAGAAGAGAGAGAUCUACCACUUUCAUUACACCACGUGGCCUGACUUCGGAGUCCCAGAGUCUCCGGCAUCCUUCCUGAAUUUCCUUUUCAAGGUGCGGGAGUCAGGAGCAUUGGGGGUGGAUCAGGGGCCGGCUGUGGUGCACUGUAGCGCUGGAAUUGGACGCUCAGGGACAUUUUCAUUAGUUGACACGUGCCUGGUCUUGAUGGACAAGAGGAACGACCCCUCGUCAGUUGACAUUAAAAGCAUCCUGCUGGAUAUGAGGAAGUACCGCAUGGGCCUGAUCCAGACACCUGACCAGCUGCGCUUCUCCUACAUGGCUGUCCUCGAAGGAGCGAAGUACAUCAUGGGAGACCCCUCUGUGCAGAACCAGUGGCGGGAGCUGUCCCAGGAGGAUCAGGAGCCGACAUCGGAAUCUCCGCCCUCGACUCAGCCUCAGCCCAGGUGUCCAACAGAGCGAUACAAUGGAAGCCAACGAGGGGGUCAGCCAGAGGAGGGAGGAGAACACAGGCAGGAUGGCAGAGUACCCACACAGUCUCACUGCAAGGAGCAGGAGCUGGAUGGCAGGACAACACACAAACGACACAGAGAGGACAGUAUCUCCAAAUCAAGCACAGCCAAAACAGCCCAAAGCAAGCCCAGGACAAAUGACUCGGAGAAGAAGAGAAAAAGUUUGGGCUGCAUUUGCUGCACAUGACACGAGCUGGCCUGUCCGGUGGGGGGCAGUGUAUCUUUGCCCCGCUCUGAGACAGCAACAACAACAACCAUGAAGAGUAGAGGAGGAUGUUUACCCACAACUUAAUAAAAAAAAAAAGCAAAACCAAAAAAAAAAAGCCUACUCUUGUACAUUGAGGUGUGUGCGGGUGCUUGUUUGUACUCAGUGUCUGCUAUGUUUGUGUUCCUCUUGAGGUUUUGUUCUUCUAUUUGUUGAUUCACUUAGCUCCUGUGGUUUGGAGUUGUUAAUGUUGGCUGCACUCCAGCAUGGUGUGUGUGUGUGUGUGUGGGUGGGUGUAUGGUGUGUGUACACUUGUGGUUACUGGUUGUUAAAGCUCUGAAAUGUCAAGCUUACUUGGAGUAAUACAUCCAACUUUGGUGACAGCUUUCUAACUGUGUUCAGUCCUUUCAAAUGUCAUUGAGCAAGGCAGUAACAAACAGUUAUAAUCAGCAACCACUGACUGGCACAAAAAGUACUGCUAUGUUGUUGGCAAGUAAAAUGGCUAGGGCACAAAUGUGCUAUCACUGUAGGUCCCUUACUCAAGUACUGUAGCAGUGAAGAGCAGGUUCUUGUCCAGGCUGAGGCUGUCGGUCCAUUACACCACAUGAGUUGGGGCUCUUUAACGUUUGUUGCUUGUUAGUUCUUCUAAGUGUCAGAGUUGUGUCCUGAUGUCUUUUACAUGUCUUCAGGACCUUAGCAUUUGUGGGUGGAUCCUGAUCUGGGAUCUUGAUCUCUGCUGAUUGGCUUAAGAACCCAGGGAACAAUCAGAAUUCCUUGUUGUCCAUUGGUGCAGUUUAUCUACUUAGUCCAUCCUUUAUCUAUACCGCAUGUCCUGAAGAGGGUCAUGCCGGCGCUGGAGCCAAUCCCAGCUGACACUGGGCGAGAAGUGGGUAGA